GUUCGGCCAUUUUUCCUCUUGCCUUGCGACUUUCCGGCGCAGGCGAGCGCUCCUGUUCUGACGUCGGUGGCGCUUCUUGAGGAGAGGCGAGACCGCGGAACCACAGCUAUGACUGAGGCUGAUGUAAAUCCGAAGGCUUACCCUCUCGCAGAUGCCCACCUCACCAAGAAACUAUUGGACCUCGUUCAGCAGUCGUGUAACUAUAAGCAGCUUCGGAAAGGAGCCAAUGAAGCCACCAAAACCCUCAACAGGGGCAUCUCUGAGUUCAUUGUGAUGGCUGCAGACGCUGAGCCCCUGGAGAUCAUCCUGCACCUCCCACUGCUGUGUGAAGACAAGAACGUGCCCUACGUGUUUGUGCGCUCCAAGCAGGCACUGGGGCGGGCCUGUGGGGUCUCCAGGCCUGUCAUCGCCUGUUCUGUCACCAUCAAAGAAGGCUCACAGCUGAAGCAGCAGAUCCAGUCCAUUCAGCAGUCCAUUGAAAGGCUCUUAGUCUAAACUGGUGGCCUGUGCCACACUGUCCCUGCCGACUCCUCCCCUGGGGUUAUGUAUCAUAUUGUCCGGGUUAGCAUGUAGUGUUUUCAGCUACCUUUUAUUGUUAUAAAAUAUUGUAGUACUAACUCUGAUUUUUACAUUUUUGUAUUAUUUUUGUUUUGUCGUACAAGUCAUCGUCCCCACCCUGAUCUACCCUUCCUCUUUCUCUCUGCCAUCUUUCUUCCCUUUUGAAGAAUGCCCAGAACAGGCAGAAGCAGAGUGAUGACACCAUUCAAGGGCAGGGAAGAGUCAGGAUGGCGAUCUGCUUCCAACUUUCGGGCACUGCCUCCUGUGUGCAGGGCACGAUGAAGUCACCACCAGCCCCUGGGCAUCCUUUGUGCCUGGCAUACAGAAGCAUUCCAUACGUGUUCAAUGAUCUAAGAGCUUCCUUUGCUCUCUAGGGGAUUAUAUGUCAUUUAGGGAGGAAGCAUGGAUUCUGUGAGGUUGUGAGUUGUGUGCCCAAGUGUCAUUUGCUCAUGUACCCCUGCUGUUUGCUUUGGGUAAUAGGAUAUUAUGUUCCCAACUCCCAACUGUAUCCCUGAGGGUGGCAGGACAGCAGCAUACCAAAGAGAUAUGUGCUGCAGAAUUAAGAGGUGGCCUGGGCGAGGGAGUUAUGGGGCAGUUGACCUAGGUCUUGAACGAGUCUGGAAUAGCAAGAAAAGAGGUUCAACCGGUGCUGACAUGAAGGAUCCUGGGCGUCAUGGAGACCUGGAAGCUACCGCAGAGAUGAUGGAGUCCAAGGAAACAUCCUCUCUGGGGGAUGGAGAUUUCUUCAGUGGACACUUGGUACCAGCUCUGAGAGCCCUUACCCAUUUCCUGCCACGAUGUGGGUCAGAUGUAUGUAUUCUUUAGAUCACAUCAGAAGGACAGUGCUAACGUGUUAUUCUUGUGAGCGUCCUAGUAAAGAAAUAUAUUCAUACUACAA